AUGGCCAGUACUACUGAUAAGGUUGCUACUGAUAAGGUUGCUACUGAGGAGAUUGUCGAUUUCAUUUCAGGUGACAUCCUCUCUGAAGAUGGGCGGGAGGAUUUUGUCCAGCUGGAGGCGCAGAUGCGUAAAGGGAUGGAACAUGGCAACGGUGUAACCGACAAUGAUGUUGCCGACAGUGGUGUGGAUGAAGAACAAGAACAAGAACAAGAACAAGCCGUUGCCGUUGCCCGUGGUAAUGACGACAUGCAAGCUGAUGACCUGGAUGACGAGUCUGAUGGGCAAGAGGGGGAUCUCCGCAUUGAGUACGCCAAGGCCAAGGGUCUGUUCAAGUUGACGAAGAAGACGAAUUCCCGCCGAAUCAACGUGAAGAAUCCUGCCGCAGUUUGGGAAGUGAUGUACCUCAUUGUGAGAGAGUUUUCACGGAUCAUACCAAUUGUCCCGAAUGGAUGCAGCUGA